AUGGCAACGAGUCACCCUCCAGCAACAGUAGCUUCUGUUGUGAUAUCAUAUCCCGCACUCCCCGGCUUGUACGCUGAAGACAUUUCCGAUGUUGGCCACUACUUAUCGCUCCCUCUGCUUAACGGCAACCAUGUUUAUCCGCCACGAAGUAUCGUUUCAGCUUACGCUGGGUACGGCAUGGGCCUUUGCAAAUCUUACAUUGAUGAAGCCCAGUGCAGGAAGGAGGGAUUAACCCUUCCUGUACGACCAACGCUCUUCAUUGAGUACACAUCCACUUCACUGCUUCUUCACUUAGCAUCAAUGCGCGAGGCUUACGAUCUCGCGGAUCCAGAAACCUAUACAUACCCCUACUUCUUUCGUCCGGGCGAUCCUACGGAUCCAGACUCUGAAAAGAGAAUAAGGCAGCUCCGCGUGUGUAUCAUUAUGCUACUUCAUAGGCGCUAUGCAACCACGGAACCCCCAAAACUCAUCACCGUUCUGCUCACUGGAGAAUCUGCCACGUCAGCGGCAGCUGAAGCUGUUGAUGGAGCUGUCAAGAGUGCAGGUUUUCAGAUUGAGUUGUUUGGGCCUACCUAUCCUGAGUUUACGGUAGCUAGAGGAGCUAGUGAGCUCGCAUGGAGGACUUUCUCGCUUACUUGGCCAGAGCAGAUGGAGAUGUAG